GCCGUUGUCAUCGCGCCAUCAUCACCAUGGGUCUGUUCAACUGGCAUCACCACAAGCACGAUGACGCGCACCGGACGUCCAAGCGCAGCAAAUCGGGCUCGGACAGCACCAGCAGCAGUCGUGGUAGCAGCCAACGACGCAGCCGCAAAUGUGCCAAGGCCCUGUCCAGUGGUCGCUCUUCCAACGCUUCAUUGCAGUCCCAACGAUCCUGCGAGACCCACCGUACAAUCGCGCACGUCAACACCCAUGUGCGCAUGAUUGAGGUUCAACAACCCGCCGCCUCUCGCCACCUUGACGUCGAUUGGGCCGUCAGCACCAAGGCCCUCUUUGAGGAAGAGCGCCACCGCAACUCCACCUCCUCCUCUGCCUCUUCCUCUACCAGUGGCUCCCCCCAAAUGCAGCGCCGUCGCAAUUGGGUCUCCCACCUCACCACCUCUGACCUUUAACAGCAUGAGGAUGGACCAUCAUCACCCCCUUCCCCCGCAAUGCAGAGCCGAGUUCUGUUCUUCUCCAUCUUUGUUGUGCAAGGCCCAAGGCCUCGUGCGUUGUUCACUGCAUAUCUGUUUCCGACAAUCCCGACCCCUUUCGAUCAGAGGCUAGUUUUUUCUGCUGCUGCCAGCUGAGCUGGCUUGUGUUUAUACCAGCCCAUGGUGGGGGGUGUGAAGCGCCCUGAGGCCUCUCUCACACCUCUUCUCCUCAAAAAACAACCCUUGAUAGUCUCUCCUCGUGUGUGUGUGUGUGUGUGUGUGCGUACAUGUUUGAGUGUCACCCGUCAGACAAAAUACAUAAUUGAGCAUCUUAAUGCCAAA